CAAAAAUACUUCACUACCAGCAAAUCAAUGUACACUCAUCUGUGCUCGCUGAUGAUAUCGUUAUUCGGGAGGACAGAUACUGACAACACCUGAAUAAUUGGGCGGGUCGAGUAGUCUUGAACUGACAUCAGUCCCGCGGCGAAUCAGAAACCGACAGCUUCCUCCUCAUUGACAGUGAAAGCCACAAUGUCGUCGACGACCAACCCCACCCGGCUGUUUGAGCCAGUGAAACUCGGCCGUCUCAAUCUCUCGUCUCGCAUUGUCAUGGGUCCCCUCUCCAGCGGACUAGCCGAUGAGCACAAUGUCCUUGCACCGGCAGCCAAAGACUACUACGGGCAGCGAGGGUGCGUGCCUGGUACGCUCCUCAUCGGCGAGGCGACAUUUGUGAGCGCAAAGGCCGGUGGCACGUCGGAGAGUCGAAGCGGGAUCUGGUCCGCCAGACAAAUCGCUGCUUGGAAAGAGGCCGUGGCCAGCGUUCACCAAGCCGGUAGCUACAUCUACCUCCAGCUUUGGGCACUUGGUCGUGAUGCAGAUCCUGAACUGAAGAGACGGGCGGGAGCAGGCGAUGUUGUAAGCAGCUCGGCCGUACCGGAGACCGAGAAUAGCACCAUCCCCCGGCCAUUGACGGAAGACGAGAUCUGGGAGUACGUCGACGAUUAUGUGGCCGCCGCGAAGACAGCCGUCGAAGUCGCCGGCUUUGACGGAGUCGAGCUGCAUGGGGGCAAUGCCUCUCUCAUCGAUCAAUUCACGCAAGACAUUGUCAACCAGCGCAAGGAUCAGUGGGGCUCCAGCAUUCCCAAUCGCUCUCGAUUCGCCCUCGAGAUCACGCGUGCCAUCUGCGAGGCCAUUGGGCCCGAUCGCGUGGGCUUCAGAAUCUCCCCUUUCAGCACUUACGGCGGGAUGGGGAUGAAAGAUGCUGUCCCUCAAUUUUCACACCUCCUUGCUGGCCUGAAGGAUCUGAAGAUCGCCUACGUCCACUUGGUGGAAUCACGGAUUGCCGGCCGGGUCGAUGUCGAGGCUGGGGAGUCGCUGGACCCAUUCACGGAGCUAUGGGGAGACGCGUCGCCCAUCAUCGUUGCUGGUGGCUACUCUCCCGAGACAGCACGUACCGCUGUCGACAAGCAAUAUCGUGACCGAGACGUGCUGGUUGCGUUUGCACGACAAUUUGUGACCAAUCCAGACCUUGUGCAGAAGUUGAAGAGUGGCAUUCCGCUUACGGCAUAACGACCGGGAGCAUGCCUCUGGUUCCCAUAUAGAGUAGCUGCCUAUUUCCCGAUAAGUCUAAAUGGAUGCGUUGCAUUGUACCGUAGCUUCCAGAUCUUUG